ACAACCUGGCGCGCCAUUGCUCGAAGACUGCGCACUGACGUCGGAGCUAGAGCGUCCAAUAGAUGUUGAGGCUGAGGCAAGUCCGAGGCCUCUAAGAAGGACAGUAUGCGACUCGCGAAGCUUUGACUCUGAGCCUUGGAAUGAGCCGCACCUGCAGUCAUCGUCUCACCGGAACUAGAAGUCAAUGUUGGGACGGCCAUGUCGAUUGCCUCAUUAGAAGACGGUGGCGGCGUUGAGAGCCUUUGGGCAGCGUUCACAAACAGUUCAAGAUCCCCUGAAGAUGCCAAUCAAUGGGAGGGAGACUGGCCAGCCUCCUCAAGUUGGGCGCAGGUUGAUGGCAAAGCCGGAGUUGGUAACAGCGCCGGCCCAGCCGGUGUUGGAAGCAGUGGGAGCAAGACCGAAUCUUGACCACUAUAGGAAGCUGGUGAUGCCACUUUGGUACUUGGAGUUGCGGGAUCAUGUAUCACCCGAGAGGAUUCUGAAGGCGAAGAGGUCGGUCGUCUACGUGCUGACUGAGCUUGCUCAACAAGGAUGCCUUCAGAAUCAACCUCCAUGGCACUUAGAUUCGCAAUUGGCAGGGAUGUAUUUGGUUGUGGGCCAGACUCACUAGAGAAUGGGCUAGACGGAAAGGAGUUGUGUGCCAUCCUGUACAGCUUUUUCAUGUGACAACCGCUCUGCCAACCAUUCCGGUCAUAAAGAAGAGUGUCCCUUGACUCACUAGGUUCAUCCAUGGUCACAUCAGGCGGGUCCAAGGGUUGGCGUGUUGGAGGUCACAUGACCUGAUGAGCUUGGAAUAGCUACUAUGGUGGUUUGAGAGCCUCAACGCAUCCCUUGAGUUUCUGGAAUCGUGUCUAGGGCCGCAGUGCAUGCUUGAGGCGGCUGAAUGUCCCAUACCGAAGGUCUGCGUCUUUGGUGUGAUGGUCGUGACGCCUGGCUAGGUGAGCCACUCGGGGCCGGUGGCAGUGCUUGGUGGCGUGCUGGCGACGUGGGGGUCGGCAAAAGCCUUUGUGACGGGUCGCGGAGCUCGCUCGCAGGCAAUUCGUCAAAUCGAGAGGGACGUCGGCGCCGAGGUUGAACUGGAACGAAACCAUCUGCAUCCGAGAGAUGAAACAUGAGUAGUCGGGGUUGGGAGGAGUAUUGCCAAUGAUGCCAUCGGUGGCGACGGGGCUGGGCCCGAGGGGGUCAUGGAGGCCGCUGGUACUAUUUCCCACGAGGUAGUAGUUCAGGCAGCCGUUGCCGAUGUGUAGCUUGGGGAGUUUGUCGUUGAAUUUCUUCAGCCGGACAAGGUCCCAGUCGGUUCUCUCUUGACGUUUGACGCAGUCUUGGUGGGGCAGGCUGUCGAGUGAUGUUGGUGAUUGCCAAAGAUUUGGCAAUACAACUCCAUCGCUUGAUAGUGAAUGCCGAUGGUUGCACUACCUCCUGCCUCACUGUACCCAAUCACAUUAGUAAUCCAGCCAUGGCGAAUGUCAAGUCCUACACAAAAGCGAGGGAUUCUGGGGGCCUAUCAUUGUCCUUGGCAAAUAUUAGAAGAAGUUGCGCAGCGAAGAAGCUGGCAAUGCGUUGAAAUAUUAGUGGGAGGUCCGGCAAGGUUAUUCACGUCGUCCAGAGGAUUCCGAGAGGCAAGCGCGGAUUGAAGCCUCGGGACCAACGUUGAUAGAACACCGCUCCAUCUUGGAAUCUAUGAAGAGCACACAUGAGUAGGCGGUGCGUGGUGGCAGCGCCAUAAGUCCGAACAUAAGCAAACGACUGCCCGACUAAGCGAUACGAAUGAACAAUGCCCGGGUGAGCUAGUUGAAUGAAGAAGUUAUGCAUGUGUUCGCCUGUGGCGCAAUUCAACGUCCCCUCUACAGUGCACGCUAGAACCACCUGGUCGCCAAGUGAAGGGAUUUCUUGAGCUACGGUGGCUUGGUCAGCGGGAGAAAGCGUGAAGGAUACCGCGCCGCGAAUGACAAUCCUUUGGUAGUUGCGAAACAUGCCUCGUGGAAGUAUUUCUCGAGCAUGCCUCCGGAGCGGGUCCAAGGGGCCGUGUCAAAGUUGUCAGUAGCCAGGGCGACUGUCAAGAAGUCCAAGGUAUGAGAAACGUGGUCAGAGGAAGAUAACGCGCGAGCUCCAUUGUGGAGAACCGCCUUGUAAGUGGCACGGACGGGUUGCACGGUAAACCCUAAGAAGCUCGUUCUUCUCAUGGGAGAGUACCUUGGGAUCAAGGAAACUCUCAAUUCACUCGUCAAUCGAUGCCGCUCACGGUUCUGAAUUUGCUAGCUCGAAAUGUCUCACUGUGCAAGCACUACAGGGCGCUCUGCUGUGGCGGCGGUCGUGCGCCUUCGUCCGUCAUCGCCAUCACCUCCUCGAGCUCCUGAUAUGCCAUACAGUAAAGUUUGAAGGAAAACUAGUAUGGAACAUAGUUUUGAAAAAGUGAAUUUGAUGAUUGGGUGGAUAUACCCAUGAGAUAUUUUGUGUUGUUCAUGGGUUCUAUCAAGUAAUUUUCUUCCAAUUUAGCUUUACUUCUAAUCGGC